CAUUUAGGCAAGAGCAGCAUUUAGAACCCUUCCAAUACAAUCUGAAAAGUUCCACUACUCUUGGCACUGGGGGCAUCUGACAGCCCCCCUGAGGGCUGGCCAGGAGAAAGGAGAGCAAAAGCCAAGAAACUCCUGUGUUGAGAUAAAGACAGCUUAGUAGCCGAAGCAGAGCUCUGCUUGAAAGUAAAGCGAAGCAAGAAGGAAUUUAUUCCCUGCUUCCUGGAGAGCAGGGCCCAGCAGGAGUAACUCACUUGGGAAGGCAAGCACAAACCACAAACAAAACAUCCUCCCUUCUUCCCCGUUUCCCUGAGCUUUUAUUUUGGAGCACAACAUCAUCUGGAGUGGCACAGCCCUUUGGACACACACGUGUCCCAGGUGUGUCCCUCUGUUCCCAUUGCUGAGGGGGCAGAGCAGGGAGAAUGCUCAGCCCCGCUGCAGCACCAGUGUGUUCCCACUUCAGCCAGCAGCACACAGCACCCCAGGCUGCUGUGGGGGAAGCAAACCCUGUGCCAGAGACACCAGUGUACCCCAGGGAACACAGUGACCAUGGCCACCGUUCCCAGCAGCAGGAAGAUGCACGUGGGUGACCAGCUCGGCUGGGAAGUGGUGCUGCUCUCGACUGGAAGCUGUGCCAGCAGCAGCUGUGCCCGUGUUGAGCUCUGCUGUGAUGGCAGCCUGUCUGCUCCAGCCUGCCUUUACCCUCAGUGGGAAAGGACAUGAGCAACUGGCUGAGGUGCUUGGUGCUGGCAGGGCAGCUCCCACGGGAGCACUUUGCACGUGAAACGGGAUGUCUGUCUGCGCCAGUUCCUCUGGAAAAGGAGACCCUGCAAUCACACCGCCGGGUUUCCGAGUCCCUCGGUGCUUCCUGACCAAGUUUGCUUGAUUUACCACUUUAAAAACAUUCUGUUCUAAUUACAGCUCGUCUGCUUUCUGACUCAGCUGUCACUGUUUGCAGUGAAGACUCUGCUAUUGACAUGGAUAAACAAUGCUGUUUGAGAUGGGAGCCAGGGUGGAAUUCAGCUCCUUCUGGAAUUGAGCUGGCUGUGCAGUGCCAGUGGGAAUGAAAAAUUAUAAAACUCAAGAGAAAGGCACAAAGACAAAAUGGACCAAGACAAAAUGGACCAAUGCUUUUUUUUAAACUCUGUGAAUGUAGCCUAGCUUUGAAAAGCGUUUUGGGCUUUUCUGGGCAGAAACACUCUGCAUGCCUCAUACAUGAUGGAGCUGUUCUAGUCCAGGCUGCCCUGUGCCAUGGAGCCCACCAGCUCCAUGCUGAGGAGUCCCUGCAGGUACAAGAGGUCCCCCCACAGCACUUUGGUUGGAAGCUGUUGUGAGCAAUUUGCCCCGUUCCUGUCUCUCACUGCCUGCUUGUCCCACUGCUGCAUCCAGCGGUGACGCACGCCAGCCCUAAGCUCUGCACAGCAGCUGCUGCCUCAGCAGUGACUUACUGCAUCAGCUUAAAGUGUUUUAGGAAAUAAACCUUUAAUCCCUGCAAGGCCAGGUACAAGUGUAAAGAGCUGCAUUUGCAGUUAGAAAGUGGCACUACUCUGGCACAAGUGUGAGAAAUUAAUUGAGAGGCACUUAGGGUGAGCAGUGUGUGUGGACCUGGUGUUAAGGUGAAGGAAGACCUUUGGGACUGUCCACAGACUGUGGCCUGCAUUGGGCUGCCAGCAAGGUCUGCCCCAGUCUGUGCUGCUGCUUCAGCUCUUUUCACCUUCCCCGCUUAGAGGGCAGGUUUCCCAGCUUGGACUCUGCUCCAGGGAGAGUACAGUGCUUUUCUCCAUUAAACUUAUUGCUAAGCUAACCUACCAGGAACAUUGGUGAAAACUAGGCCAGGACUGGAGGAAGUUUAUUAAGGCACAGAGGACAUGAACUUCUGCCCACCUUGCACCUGUGAGCUCGAGCAGCUCUGGGACAUCCUCCUGCACUGGAUGAGGCUCUGGUGUUCACCUGCUCCUGGCUGUGCUCAGCUCCCUUCCAGCCUCUGUCAUCUGCAAAGGGGCAAAGCAAAGUCUCUGUGCUCACCUCCUGUACAUUUUGUCCCACUGCCUCUGAAAAAUUAAGGUAACGUGUAACUCAGCUGCUGGUUGGCACAAGGAAUGUUUCAAGCAAAACUGGGUGCACAGAGUGGUGAGUCAGAGAGACACAGAGGGCACAGAAUGCUCCAGCAAUAGCCUUCCCUGUGGAGUUUGAUUAUGCAAGGUUUGAGGAGCCUGAGGCUGUCUGUCAACCACCAUAUGAAGCUGAGUGCUGGAUUCAGCUCUGAACCUCCCAUCAGUGCCCUGGUCCAGCAGCCUCUCAGCACCAUGGCAGAAUGAUUCCCAUCCAGGACAGAUGGACUAGGUUAUUUAUUAGGUGUUACCAAUGCAGUUGGCAUGACCCAAAUCAGAUAGAAAGACAUGAAAGAGAUGUCAGAGUUGGUAACCUGCCAGAGGGCCGAGUGUUUCACAGUGGUGGUCAAACCUCCACAGCCAAAUCCUGAGUCGAGCGGUGGCUGGAGCAUGUGGAAGAAGGUUUGGUCAAGCUGCCUUCUGCAGCCUCCCACUGGCAAUAUGUGGAGAGGGCUCUCCAGUGGGGACUGGCUGGUCUCACAGAUCCACAUUCCCCUGGUGAGAAUGGGGCUGGGACACUCCUCUGUCACUGAGGGACCACGCCACGCCUGCCCAACCCGGCCCCCAAACCCACGGUCCUGAGGUUUGAACCACACAUGUCCCUCCUGUUAGUGGGGAAGGGAGAGUGAGGCUGUGCAAGGGAGCUGCUGCCUGGUUUGAGCCUCUCCAAAUGAAUGAUGCGGUGCAGAGCUACCUCUUUUUAUAUCUGACCAUGAGCCACAAUGACAGCACUGGCCAGAAACUGGUGUCACCUUAACACCUUCCCAGCAAAGCCAAUUACCCUGGGAUGAUUAUGAUUAAUAAUUCUCUAAACCCUAAUCGUGCUGACACCAGUGCCUGGAGCUUACCCUGGUGGGGGCACUUUAUAAGAGGUGCCCUGUGGAGGAGAGUGUAACUGGUUCUCCUUGGGGUGACAGUGAAGGCUGAGAGGUGGCAGGGGCUCAGUUUCAGAGACAAUUUCCCCCUUGCACUAAAGAGCUCCCAGAGUAAGCGCAAAGAGCGCCUCACGAACUGCAGCCAUGAACGGGACAGAAGGCCAAGACUUCUACGUGCCCAUGUCCAACAAGACUGGGGUGGUGAGGAGCCCCUUUGAGUACCCCCAGUAUUACCUGGCUGAGCCUUGGAAGUUCUCAGCGCUGGCUGCCUACAUGUUCAUGUUGAUUCUGCUCGGCUUCCCCAUCAACUUCCUCACGCUCUACGUCACCAUCCAGCACAAGAAGCUCCGGACACCUCUCAACUACAUCCUUCUGAACCUGGCAGUCGCCGACCUCUUCAUGGUAUUUGGAGGCUUCACAACCACUAUGUACACCUCCAUGAAUGGGUACUUUGUCUUUGGAGUAACAGGGUGCUACAUCGAAGGCUUCUUUGCCACACUGGGCGGUGAAAUUGCUCUCUGGUCACUGGUUGUCCUGGCUAUCGAAAGAUACGUUGUGGUCUGCAAGCCCAUGAGCAACUUCCGCUUUGGGGAGAACCAUGCCAUCAUGGGUGUUGCCUUCUCCUGGAUCAUGGCCUUGGCCUGUGCAGCUCCCCCACUUUUCGGCUGGUCCAGGUACAUCCCCGAGGGCAUGCAGUGCUCGUGCGGGAUCGACUACUACACUCUGAAGCCAGAGGUCAACAAUGAAUCUUUUGUCAUCUACAUGUUUGUGGUUCACUUCAUGAUCCCGCUAUCGAUCAUUUUCUUCUGCUAUGGGAACCUGGUUUGCACUGUCAAGGAGGUGGGUACCGCCAGAUGCAGUGGCCAACAGGGCUACCCCUGUCCCCAGUGCUGGGAAGGGGCCCACACCAGGCUCAAGAACGGUGACAGUGAGGGCCCUCCAGGGGCCAGCCUGGCCAUCCAUGAGGAGGGAAAUAGUAAACUUCAGAUGUGCAGCUUGACUACCAUGAGCCCUGACCUUGUGUUCCUACUGGUGCAGCACACGCUGGCUCCGUCGCAUUUCCAUUCCCUUCUGCCCACAGGCUGCCGCCCAGCAGCAGGAGUCUGCCACCACCCAGAAGGCAGAGAAAGAAGUGACUCGCAUGGUCAUCAUCAUGGUCAUCUCCUUCCUGAUCUGCUGGGUCCCCUAUGCCAGCGUCGCGUUCUACAUCUUCACCAACCAGGGAUCAGACUUCGGGCCCAUCUUCAUGACCAUCCCGGCAUUCUUUGCCAAGAGCUCGGCCAUCUACAACCCUGUGAUCUACAUCGUAAUGAACAAACAGUUCCGUAACUGCAUGAUCACAACCCUCUGCUGUGGCAAGAACCCACUGGGUGACGAGGACACCUCUGCUGGCAAGACAGAGACCUCCUCCGUC